AUGGAAAUCGCAGAAAUGCUCGAGCGUAGAAGGAUUGACAUCUGCUGCCUUCAGGAAACCCGAUGGAAAUCGAAUGGUGUCUGUCAUGUCAACUCAGACAAAGAAAAAUAUAAACUAUUCUGGAAUGGUCAAAAGACGGCCAAAAAUGGUGUUGGAAUUUUUGUCAGAGAACUGCUAGCCCAAGAAGUACUGGAUAUUAAAAGGAUUAAUUCACGUCUCAUGUGGAUCAAGCUUCGCAUAGAAAAACAAACAAUGAUUAUUUUUUCUGCAUACGCACCACAGACAGGCGAAUCAGAAGAGAUGAAAAAUGACUUCUGGACAGCAUUCUCUGACACCAUCUCAACAAUACCAAAAUCUGAAACAAUCCUGAUUGGAGGCGAUCUCAAUGGCCACGUUGGA